AUGUUUGGGCGAAGAUGGGUGUACAUUUUAUUGAACUUCGAGGAUGCUUUGAAAUUUUGCGGAUCAUCCGUAUCACAGCACCUCGUAGAAGGUUUAAAAGCAGAGAUCAAAAAGAAGAUUGAAGACGAAAAUUUGUCUGUGCAGACCUUGGCAUACAUUGGACUAUGCCCGUGUGAUUGUGCUGAUAUGUGCAAAUCAUAUGGAGUUCCUGAGCACACUGUACCUUUCGAGUCCAACGUGAAAUACUGUCUAUUCAGUGAUAAAACACCGAUAGCGUUUCCUAUCCCAACAACAACUCCAAGAACAUCGAUAGCAACGACGACAUAUACGUCAACGACGAUAUCGCCAACAGCCAUACCCUCAUCCUCACUUACAACGACGAUAUUAUCGACGCGAACUCCCUCAUCUUUCACUCCAAGCACAACAGGAAUCUUCUCCUCAUCUUCAGAUAUCGCUUUCGGGACCACCAUAAAAAGGAGCUCGGCAUCCACAUCCGCACCCCUGGGAGAAACUUCGUCACAACUAGUCACGUUCACUUCUUCGGAAGCGGUUUCUGAGGAACAUAGCUCGAAAUUCGACUCAUUAACAACAUUGACGGAGUACAACUCAAAAAUAACUACGGUAUCCACUCUUUACGAGGACCCGACAAAGACUUCGGAAAUACCAAGGGAUGAAGCAAUUGUCAGCAGUGCUGACCCAACCGCUGCACUGAUCGCCUCCACAGGGACAAAUACGAAACCAGUCACUCGAACAUCCGAAAGUUUCUUUUCAAGCACUACCUCAGAACAAAACACACCAGUCUCUUCUUCGAACAACUUGCUUAGCAGUAUUAGCACUGCCGAAACUUCUCAAGCGCAGAGCUACAGUACAACGACCGUUUUCGCUGAGUCAAAGACCAAAUCCCUUUCUACGGAGGAAGAUGGUUCAAAUUGGCAACCGAGUGGCACCCUUAGGUGGUUGAGUUCAGCCACAAAAGAGGAGAACGAUGAAGACGUAGCAACGACCGGCAAAACAAAGGAAACGGGAACAUCAUUUUAUGACAAUAGCGAUGAUGUUUUUCAAACCACACGAUCUGAUCUGACGACUGAAACCGUAAACAAAGAGCUAAUCACUGCGACUAGCCCAGAAAUUUUGAGAAAAUCUUCUCAACAGCCUGCUUCAAGCAUAACGAGGGAAAGUGGAGUAUCUGCACUUAGCUCUACUUCGUUAGCACCGCUACAGGGAAGCACAAAACACAAAUCCACUCAAAUGGUGUUUGACCCAACAACGAACUCACUUCACAGUUCAACAACUCAACAAAGCACCGACUCUCAGAAAACUCAUUAUUUUCAAGUCACUGGAAUAUCUGCUUCUCAAGCCCCACAAACAACUCUUUCAGGAAGCGACAAAUUAGAGAAAAUAACAUAUACCGCUAGUAAUGCGAGGACCACGACAACAUCAACUCUUUCGUUAAGUGAACAGAGCAUUCAGAAAUCUUUCUCGACGUCUGUUCUUUUCCAGACGCUGCAGUCUUCACAGGGUAGAUCCGUAACAUUGUCUGAUUCACCAUUGUCAAAAUCAACUUCCGGGGAUCGAACGUUUUUCAGCAGAAGCACUUCUGAAGCAUCGCAAGAGCCUGCAACAUAUUUUUCUGAUGCUAGCAGCACAACCGCCAGGAAAGAACAGAGUGUUCAGAGUUUCUAUCCAACAUCGAUUCUUUUUGAGACGCUGCCGUCUUCACAAGACAGAUCGUCGACCACUACUUCGUCUGAUUCACCAUUGUCAAAAUCAACUUCCGGGGACCAAACGUUUUUCAGCAGACGCACUUCUGACGCAUCACAAGAUCCUGUAACAGAUUUUUCUGAUGCUAGCACCACAACCGCUAGGAAAGAACGGAGUGUUCAGAGUCUUUAUUCAACGUCGAUUCUUUUUCAGACGCUGCUGUCUUCACAAGGCAGAUCAUCGCUUCUGACUACGCCUAAUUCACCACUCUCAAAAACAAAAUCUGAAGAUCGAAAAUAUUCAAGCAGAAGUUCUUUUGACGCAUCGGAAGACGCUUCAACAUAUCUUCUCGAUCUUAGUACCAUAAAUGCUAGGAACGAAACGAGUACUCAGAAUUUUUAUUCAAUAUCGGAACUUUUUGAGACACUGCAGUCUUCACAAGGUAAAUCAUCAGCAAUUACUUCCACUUUACCAUUGUCAAGUUCACCAGCGGAGGAUCGGACGUUUUCGGACAAAAGUUCCCUUGACACAUCGGAAAUUGCUACUACACAUCCCCUCGAUGACAAUACCACAACAUCAUAUGACGACAACAUCCAAAUAAUAUCGAAAACAGCAAAAACAGAAGCGGAACCUCCACACUACUCAUUUAUUCGACCGAAGACUACCAUUUCGAGAAGUCCAACUUCAGUUCCUCAUAAGAGCACUUCAAACCACCAAGACCUCACAAUUUCCUCAACAAGCAGUACUGCGAGUGGUGAACGCAAAGAGACCACUGGAAAAAUUUCCUCUUCUACCGAAAACACAGUACUAUAUUCCCCUGCCUUUUCCGAACAAGAAACCGCAAAAGUCGCUACGUCAGAGGGAGAAUUAUCUGCCGGUUUCCAAGCCUUCUCCACAUUGAUUUCUGUAGAAAAAUCUUCAUCAACCCAAACCUUGUCAGAAGAUACAUCAGAACCUGCAGAAGAAAGUACUUCGAAAUUACUUUCACUCACAUCAGAGACAUCUAUAUGUGCGGAUGAUUCCGGAAAUUUAACUUCUACAAUGUUAUCAACUACCGCGAAAACAGCCUCCUCAACAGAAAAAAGAGGAACUGUUUUGACAGCAACUGAUUUCACUACUCCGAGAGACAUCUCGGCAGCGGAAAGCACAUUACAAGGUCUCGAAUCCUCAAGUGAAGCAUCUGAUAGAAAAUGGCCUCAAUCGGCAAAUAACGGAUCCGCACAUCCAGCACUACAUACUUCAUCUGGAAACAGCGCAACUGAAACGACAACGAGCUUUUGGUUUGGGUCGGUUUCAACCCCGAUCGUCUCAUUCAUCUCGUCAGCAUUUUUCGCCUCAUCCUCUCUAACAUACAACGAUACAACGAACUUUGCGUCUGACUUUUUAAAUCCGUGGACCACAACUCCAAAAAUGAGCCAACUGUCCACGUCGACUGAUUCAGUGGAUGGUUUCGGUAACGAGGAUUUCGUAAGCCAUGGAAGCGAAACCAGCUCUACUAACAGGAAUGGUAGCAGUGAAACUGAAUUUCGUACAACACCAACAGAGGAGGGCUUCAUCUGUUGGAAAGCGCCCAACCAAUGUCGUCUUAACAAGCUUAAUUGCGGCGAACAUGGUAAAUGCGCUUCAGAAGUGGAUAAGGCUCAUUGCGAAUGCAGCGAGGGCUACGCCGGUGUCAAUUGCGAGGUUGCUAAAGUGAACCUUUCAUUCUUGUCGUCCAACCAGAGGUCCUUUCUAUCCGAAACGACUGCUACUGUCCUCGUGCUCUCUUCAAAUGAAGUUUUUUUGAUGGUCGUCAAAACAAUACUCCUCAUAUACUUCCCUAAAAGUGCACAGGAUUCACAAGUCUACUACCAGGAUUUGCGCUCCAUAUUCCUAUCCAUAGGUGCUUUGACUGUUCUCUUCUUUCAACAUCCGGGAUUAUUCAAUAUUUCUAUCAUCGCCUGCAGGAUGUGGUAUUGUGUUAUCACAGUCUGUUAUUCACUAGGGAUCGGCUACAUUACCCUGGAAGCGUACAACGUCUUUGCGGUGGUUCACUUGAAGCAAAGAAAUUCGUGGAGCUUGGCGACAAACAACGUUUUGGGACAACCAAGCUUGAAGUAUACAAUUCCUGUACUAUUGGCUCUCGGUGGAACUGUCUUCGCCACAACAGCUAUCCAUUUUGAUAAGGUUGUCUCUAUUGCAAACAAUAGUGAAGUAGGAUGGGAUUCUAAGUACAGCUGGAUUAUUGCCCGUCAUAUUCCUCAAUACAAGCAAAAAAUAAAUGUUUUUCUCAAAUCUAGUGAGCUCCAAGAGAAAUGGGACACAGAGAAGUGCUAUCGCAAUUUGGUGUUCACUGCUGCAUGUUCUUGGAUUCUUUUGGGGAAGUUUUUGACAAUGGCAAUGUCGUCGGAUUGGGUCACGGAUACCAUUGUUAACAAACUUGCCGUAAUCUUCUCAGCCGCAUUCAGUGGCCUUACCUUCAUGCAGUCCUUUCUCACAAAUCCACAAAUGUAUAGUCGCUUCACAUGGUACGCGAUGAGAAUACUACCUUCCACCUACUCUCCAAAUGUGGAUCCAGUAAGUCUGUGGACAAGAGAAGAAGUGUUGGAGCGCUACGGUUUGCGCAAGGAGGGAGUACGCGGAAGGACACUACCGCGAGCUGACGGGAUGGAACUGCACACAUAUCCGUGGACCCCUGUGCAUACGGAGUACGUGCCAAUUCUGAUGCGAAAUCUGCUGUGGACUGGCUGGAUGAUGUCAUACGCGAAGAUAAGACUGGAGAAAGAGAGCUACUCCAGAUCAGAAGCGCUGUAUGAGGUUUUUAAGAAAGAGCAUUCCAGUGGUAGGAUCACUAUUUGUUCGGAAGAUGUCCGAAAACAGACGAGUUACUUGUUCCGAAAGUGGGCGUCUUGGAUCAAUAGGAACGAUCCAUUAGUGGAAUCGCUCGCACUACAAUGCCAUGAGGCCAAAAAUUACCCCUCAUUCAAGAUCUUCGCCAAUCUCCAGUGGAAUUUCGGGGUUUUAAAGCCCGCUGAAGUAAAGAAACACCGCUUCCACAGCGAUUAUCGUGUGGCGUUGGAGGACUAUGUCAAAUGGUUUAAGAACGACCCUCUACAAAUUUGUUCCCUUUCAACUGCCGAAUGCUAUGGAAACACACGACAAGUACGGUUCUUAAGGAAAUCUGUUGAUGUGUUAGGACCGGAGAUGAUCGAAUCCUUGGAAGAAUGGUGGAAUAAUGAUUCGCAGCUCGACCAACAAGAACCUCAGAGAGCUGAGAACAUCUUCGAUAGUCGAUGGAUGCUAACUGAAGACGAAAAAAGGACUGCAAAAAUUGAUGAUCACGUAGAAAUGGUAUGGGAAUUGGCAAAGCAGAACAGCGACUAUAUGAAGAGAUCCAAGGCACUUUAA